AUGGAGCCGACCGCGUGGUGGUGCUACGCUCUGGACGCAUUCAGCUCUGCGGUCGGCCAGACAAUCUUCUUUAGAACUCAUUUUUCUCGUGUCGUCGGCCGGAGACUCGCCGAGUGUGCACUCAUCGCCUCACUGCCCCCGGCCCCAACUCCCUGCUCCGUGCUCCUCAGCCCGUCCGGCGCUGGUCACUGUCCUGAUUUGCCCAUUCCGGCCAAGACCCGUCAGCCCAAGCGGCUCCCACACCGGCCGUGCUCGCUUCACACUCCUUCCCUGUCCCUCCACGGGCUGUCUCCUGUUCAUGCUUGA